UGUCGACAGACGCGCAGUUCUCAACUUUUUGUUCGAGAAAGCCUACAAGUGUUGGCGAUUUCGCACUUGCUUCAUUUACACUCACUCAACCUUAUCUGGUUAAUUGUUCAGCCCCCAUCAUGGACGACAAGAAAGCCACCCCGGAAGAGGCCGAGGAUGCCGUGAUGCAACAAAGUUACCCCUCCCCUAUUGUCGACAGUGCAGAGGCGCAAUACUAUGAGCAGCUCACCCAGCAUCGUGAGCUUGACCCCCAGAUGGACCAUCAGCCCGCCCCGCCAGAGCACCAUGGCCUACCCAGCAUGCCUGAGCACCAGGAGCAGCACGAACACCAUGAGCUGCACCAACUUCAAAACCUCCAGGAGUCACCGGCUCCGCAGCAGCAACAGAACUCCCGCCCGCCAGUGAGUGCAGAUGAGCUCCAACUGGCGGCCCAGUUGUCACAGGGCCUCGCGCCCAUGAUGGCUGCUGCCGUCCAAGAGCAAGCACAGGAGCAGCAGCCAAUGCAGCAACAAGAUGGGCAGGACGGCCAAGUACAGCCUCAAACUGAACCCAAUCUGGAGGAACAGUUGGAGGCAUCGCUGCAGAACCACGAGCGUGAGAUGCAGUCUCAUGAGCAUGAGCUCCAAAACCACAACCAUGAGCUCCAAAACCAUAGCCAUGAGCUCCAAAACCACAGCCACGAGAUCCAAAACCACAGCCACGAACUCCAAAGCCAUGAGCUUCAGGACGUCCUGCCACACCCUAGUCAGCCUCAGCAACACCACUAUGCACAGAACCCACCACCUCCACCCCAACUCCCUCAUCACAUGUCCAUGGACCACCUGUCACAGGUACAUCCCCAGUACCAGAUUCCCGACGCCACGCCACCCAGGAAACGGUCCAAGGUGUCCCGGGCCUGUGAUGAGUGUCGGCGCAAGAAGAUCAAGUGCGACGCGCAGUCGGAAGCCAACGAGGCGCUUUGUUCCAACUGUCGCCGGUCGAACGCACAAUGCCUGUUCAGCCGCGUGCCUCAGAAGCGGGGACCCAGCAAGGGAUAUAUCAAAGAACUUGCCGACCGCAUCAAUACCAUCGAAGGCAGGCUCAGCACCAACGUGGAAGGCGGCGAGAGGAGACCGUCAAGCGAGUCGUUUGUUUCCCCGGGGCUAGGCGACGACAUCAGGAAGCGGCCGUUUUCUAGUAUUUCUGGCGAAGGGUUCCAAACUCCGUCUCCGAACAGAAUAUCGGCGACGUUCAACUCUGAGCACAGGUCGAUUUUGCCCUACCUCCAGCCCGAAUUCCACCCGCAAAUGCCCGGGAAUUCGACCGACCUCGCCUUGAAGCCUGCCGCGCCCUUGCCGUAUCCCGCCCCGACGAACGAUCUUGGUUUGCAAGGCCAGCCCGACAUGAUGGAGACCAUGUCACAGAGCGACCUCCCUCAGGAACCGUCGCAUCAGGCGGACCAGUUGCCGGAAAUUGAGGACGCUGUGUUCAAUCGCUAUCUGGAGCUCAUUCACCCAAUUUUCCCAGUGCUGGCAAGCAGCAAAGCCAGAGUGCAGUCCCUCUUGUGGCAAGCACCCUUGGUCCUCCAGAAUGCCUUCUACAAGGGCUUCUUCUCCAUGAUGAAGCACUUCCUUCCCGACGCCAGCAGUCAAAUGGACAGCGAUCCUGCUACUACAUGGCGCCUUCUGAACGAAUGGGAGGCCGAGGGGGAACCGCGCUCUUCCGUUACCAAUAUAGUACGCCUCCAGACACAGGUCAUGGUUCUGAUAUCGGUGGACUGCUUCAGUAUCGCAUCUGGCAAGGGCCUGGUGGCCGGUCCGACCAAGGCCGAGAUUCUCGGUCGCGCUGUCGGGCUUGGGUAUUCGAUGAGGGUCCAUUCUCGGACAGUCGACCCUAAUCCGAAUCCCGAACUAGAUCCUGACUCGGACGACAACGUUGCCUUGCGAGCCUGGUGGGUUUUGAUCAUGUUGGAUCGGUGGCACGCGCUCGGGAUGGCCAGGCCUGCCCUGAUCGCCCGUGAGCUUGUCGUGCCUCGGCCGGGCUUGGAACAUAUCGUCGGGGAGGCCGUCUAUGCCCUGAUCCGCGCUUCCUACGUCCUCACACUUAUCAUGCCCGCCAUUACCAAUCCACCAAGCGAGCCUUCAGAGCCUCAGACCCUGGCUCUAGCGGCCGGCAUCACCCAAACGUUGGGCUGGGCCAUCCCGGCCAACGACAAGCACCCCGCGCUCUAUCUAACCUAUUGGCUCCUCCGCCUCGUAUCCGAGCUGCUCUCCCCGGACGAGAUGCAGCGCCCCGUCAACAUUCUCCAGGCCACCCGGAGCCUGACGGGUCUCCUCGCCGCCAAGCACGACCUCCUCAGCCCCAUCACCCACCACUUCGCCGCCGUCGCCGCGCUCGGCCUCGUCGAGCUGCGCCGCUUCCGCAGGACGCGCGGCGAAGCCGUCCGCCUGACCAAGGAGGUCCUCCACUACAGCAUGGCGCCGUCCGCGUGGAACGCCGCCGUGCGCGACAAGCUCUCUCGCUACGAGGCGCGUCUCCAAAGCGCCGCGGCCGCGGCGGUGGCGGCGGGCCCGAGUGCCGCUGCCGCUGCUGCGGCUGGCGGCCAGAACUUGCACCAGCUGGCGGAUCUGGCCACCGCUGUUGACGGUACCGGUGCCGCCACUGCUGCGGGCCCGGAUCCCACUCCUGCUGUGGCUGCGGCUGCGGCUGUAGUCGCUGGGGAUGCCCAGCCUGGAGCGGAGGCGGCGCUUGGCGCUGCUGGUGCUGCUGGUGCGAACGGCGCUGUUCCGGCUGACGGUGAUGGUGGUACUGCCGGGGCUGGUGGGGCUGCCAACCCGGAAGCGGAGAGUGUGGAGGACCGGGAUCUGCCGGCGCUGGUGGAUGUGCGCGCGGUGUUGAGGGACGGUUACCUCACUUGGUUUGACGACCCCAGGGAUGGCGCGACGGUUGCUUAGGAGGACGGCCUGUUGGGAAUACCGGUUUAUGAUGUUGGUUUACCGCUGCUGCCCUUUGAUGUCGUUCUGGAGUCUUGCCUUGCGGAAUGGGGAGGACUAAUUUGAUGUCA